GAACGAUUCAUUCGCGAGUCGGAGCUCAUUGCUAGCUAGUCUGUGUUGUGCGUAAACAGUGCGGUUUUUAGUGAAAUACGGCAGCUGUUCGCGUGAGUUUACCUGCAGGUCUCGUGCUGUUUGGGUGCUGUUAGACGGGGAGGACGCUGGUAAUAUCGGUUUUACUGUUUCAGUGUGUAAAAGUGCAGAAGAUUCACUGCAGGAAGCUGAUUUUAGCUGCAGCCUGAGUGUGAGAGGGGCUUCGGGAAGGUAAACAAGACGCGGCGUUUAGCUGUAAUUCUGCCUUUGUGACUCAUUUCACCUGAGGAACCUGAUUAACCUGCUUAGUUUGAGAAGUUUUGUUUUAAACAGAUGUUACUGUAUAACUAAAGCCAGCAGCAGUACUGAGCGGAGCCUCAUUUCAGCAUUUCGUUAACUAAAGAUCCCAAACCGACUCUUUCGCUCUCCGCUUCCUUGUAUGUAGUUAGUUAACGUUAGCUAGUUAAAAAUGGCAGAAAUGGAGAACGACGGUGAUCUAGAGGAUAUUCCACAAGAAAACGACGAAGAAGAAGACUCUGAUUUGGAGGAGGAAGAGGAGGAUUUCGAGUGGGAUGCGCAGGAAGAUGCAGGAGACUUGGACUGGGUGGAGGAGGCACAUGUCCUCCUGGACGCUGACACUUCCAAGUCCUGUCCAGGAGACACCCCGGCAGAGAGGAGUGGGCACGUGGCUGUGGUGGAUAGGAACUGCAUGUAUGUGUGGGGAGGAUACAAGAACGCUGAAGCAACAGCUACAGCCUUUGUUGACUUGUAUUUGCCAAAGAAGGAAGUCUGGAUAUACAACAUGGAAACUGGCAGAUGGAGAAUGCAGCUUUCAAAAGGAGAGCUACCUGCUGCUAUGUCAGGAAGCUGUGGAGUAUGCAUAGAUGGUAUUUUGUAUGUCUUUGGAGGCCAUUAUGCAAGAGGAAAUACUAACUUGGUUUAUCGUCUGCCUUUGAGAUCCUCUUCAUUGGUCUGGGAGAGGAUGAAGGACCUGAAGGGCUUAGCUCCCACAUGUAAAGAUAAACUGGGCUGUUGGGUUUACAAAAACAGAUUGGUGUAUUUUGGGGGCUACGGCCAUGUGGCACAAGCAGGUCAUCUAGGAGCAUUCGAGUUAGAUGAGAACUCACUCAUGGGUAACCAUGCAGCUCGAGGCUGGAACAAUCACAUUCACAUUCUCAAUCUCGAAACAUCAACCUGGAGUCAACCCGCCACAAAGGGAAAUGCUCCAACACCGCGAGCAGCCCAUGCUUGUGCCACUAUUGGAAACCGUGGUUUUGUCUUUGGAGGACGUUACAUGGAUCAUCGCCUAAAUGACCUGUACUCUAUCAACAUGGACUCCUGGGAAUGGAGUGAAAUGUCUGUGCCGCAGCAGGGUCCAGUUGGCCGCUCCUGGCAUUCUUUUAUACCUGUGUCAAAUGACCAUAUCUUCUUGUUCGGGGGAUUUACUACCAACAGAGAAACACUUAGCGACGCGUGGCUGUACUGUGUGAGUACGAAUGAGUGGAGACCUUUUAAACACAACCACGAAGAAAGUCCCAGACUCUGGCACACAGCAUGUUCAAAUCCAGAUGGGGAAAUAUUUGUGUUUGGAGGCUGUGCCAAUAACCUACUUUCACAGCAGAGAGCGGCCCACAGCAAUGAAUUAUUAAUUUUUAUGGUUCAGCCCAAGACAUUGCUUAGGUCUUGUACGGAGGUUAUUGUGCAGCACAGACAGCAGCUGGAGAGCAUGUGGGAAUGCCUGCCCAAACAUCUCCUCCAUCACAUCAAACAGAGAAUCGGUACCACCAACACCGGAGGAUCCUAGUGCUCACUGCACACGUGCACACACACUUUAAUGAGCAAUAGUCUGCCUCCGCUUAUGAAGCAGGUGUAGGAGCUUUGCGUAACUGCCAGGCCUUUUUUUCUUUUUUAGGUCUAAGAACUCUUCUGUAUUAUAAAAAUGUAUAUUUAGCUUUUCUUUUGUUGCUCCUGCGCUGAUGCCAUUUUUAGACUUUUUCAAAUAACAUGGAAAACAACAUUUAAACCUAGUUUUUUUCAUUUCCUUAAAUAACUAAUCUAGUAAAUAUUCAGCUCUUCUCCCACUACUAGAGCACAAAACCAACAGGAGCAGUGUGUAAUCAUUUGGCUUGAAUGGCCGUUCUUAGACACACCUUUUCACACUUCUACUCAGUGAUGAUAAAACUCCUGCAUCUAGACGGCAAUUAAAAAAACAGGAGGACCAGUGAGUUUUUAGGCUUUCUCUGUCAUAUGACCUCAUGUUCAGUAGCUCCUCCAUUUCCACUCGCUGCUGUGUUUAUGAGGAUCUCUGUGGAAACGUGCGCCUAGAGUCUAAUUACGGUGCGGAUAAGGCUACAGGCUGCAUUAUUUUAAGAUAGUAAGUCACUAUUUUGAUAUACUGUCUCAUUAUUUUGAUAUACUGUCUCAUUAUUUUGACAUCUCAUGAUUUCGAGAUAGUAAGUCAUCAAUUUAAAGAAUUAAACACACUUGGUAUCUCAGAAUAAUGACUUAAUAUCUAAAAAAAAAAAUGAGAUGGCAGUUUACUUAAUACAUUUUUUUGGGUUAAUUUCAGGUGGCGGGAAUGGGCUUCCAUAGUACACUGUGUAAAGUAAACUGAGAGAACAGGGGGAUGUCUGUGAAAAUAUUUUAUACUUCGACUCAGUGAUAAAACUCAAUUAAAAAAACAGGAGAACCAGUGAGUUUUUAGGCUUUCUCGGUCACAUGACCUCAUGUUCAGUAGCUCCUUCAUUUCCACUCGCUGCUGUGUUUAUGAGGAUCUCUGUGGAAGACCAAAAACUGGUCUUGAACUGGAUUUUUUAAAAACAUUUUGGAGAUGCGUGUUUUUCAUUGCACAGCAACGAUAUGCCAUCCUAAACGAUGUGAGGCUUGUAUUUUCUUUCUGUGCGUCUGUGUUGAAUUUUAGCAGUUUUGUUUACAGCAAAUCAGACAAGCCGGCGGCACAAUUCCUUACUGUGCCAUUCAGAGGCCUUUAACUUAUUUUAACCCAGUAAAAUAUGCUAAUAUGCUUCAUGUGUUUUUUUAAUACCCUCAUACUUGGUGUUUUCAUCCAUGCAGGUAACACUCCUUGAUAGAAAUACUCCUGUAGAAAAUAUUCAGCACACAGGUUACAGAAUUAAAAGGUACAAUUGAUGUUAUGCAGACAUAUUUUUUUAAGUGUAGUACUUAAUUUACAGUCUACUUUUGAUCUUGUUUUCUGUCAUUUAUCAGAACUUUGGAAUAUUUGUG